UGUUGGUGCGAGCGCGCUCUCAGCCUCCUCCUGGCAGCGUGCGCUGAGACAUACAGUUUUCAUGCAGAGAGAGGAGCGGCGCACAAGAGCUCUUUCUCUAUCUCACUCUCUUCGCUCUCGCUUGUCCCGAGAAAUUACAAUAUUCAUCACGGGGCGAACAACCCUCUGUAUUUUCUCUUACACUAUCGCGAAGAAGCUCAAUUCGCUCUCAUCUUCAGAGUUCCCAGGGUUCUCGAGCUGUGCCCAGCUGACAGGCUUUCGAAGAUGGCACAAUAACAGUUCCAGUGAUGCCUGACCAUGACAGCACAUCCCUCUUAAGCAGACAAACCAAGAGAAGAAGAGUUGACAUAGGAGUGAAGAGGACUGUUGGGCAAGCAUCUGUGGUUUUUACCCGCGCAAAAGCAACCUUUCUUAGUGCCAUGAAUCCCCACGGUUCCGAUCAGGAUGUUGAGUGUUCAGUGGUGCAGCACGCAGACGGUGAGAAGUCCAACGUGCUUCGCAAGCUGUUGAAGAGAGCAAACUCUUAUGAAGACGCUGUCAUGCCCUUUCCAGGGGCAACCAUCAUAUCUCAGCUUCUGAAAAACAAUUUGACCAAAAAUGGAGGCAGUGAGCCUAAUUUCCAGGGAAGUGGCCUCUCGAGUACCGGCUCAGAGAUCCAGCAGGAGGAUGCUUGCAGCAACUCCUCACGGGGCAGCCCUCAGGAGUGCCUUUCACCAUUCAGCAGGCCCUCCAUGACCCAAUUUGAGAUGGAGAGGCUAACAGAUGAGCAUCUAAGGGCCAAACGAGCCCGGGUGGAGAACAUCAUCCGUGGGAUGAGCCAUUCUCCCAGCGUCACACUUCGAGCAGGAGAUAACGACCGUGAGGGGGCAGCGCAGCCCCCGAGUCCUCGUGAGAACUACCGGGAAAACAAGCGCAAACAGAAACUGCCACAGCAGCAGCAGCAGUUUCAGCAGCUCGUCUCUGCACGCAAAGAACAGAAACACGAAGAACGGCGGCAACUUAAACUACAGCUGGAGGACAUGCAGAAGCAGCUCCGGCAACUGCAAGAGAAGUUCUACCAGAUUUAUGACAGCACUGACUCUGAAAACGAUGAAGAUGGUAACCUCUCUGAAGACAGCAUGCGCUCUGAUGGAAUGGACAAUCGUGCCCACGACUCUGUCCCAGAUCGUUCCGACAACGAAAUGUCUGACCUGGAUCCGGGGCACUUUUUGGAUCGAGCACGCGCACUUAUUCGGGAGCAGAGCAUGAUGGAGGGGGACAAACCCAAGCGUGAUGGGUCAAGAGGAAAGAGCCAGGGACCAACCUCCAUGCAUGCAGAGGGCAAACAGCUGGCAGAAACGCUAAAACAAGAGCUCAAUACAGCAAUGUCCCAGGUAGUGGACACUGUGGUGAAGGUCUUUGCCAAGCCUCCACGCCCAGUUCCUCAGGUUUUCCCACCCCUGCACAUGGAAUCCCCUGAUCGUUUCGCAGUCAAUGGAGAAACCAAUUUCCAUACUGCCAACCAGCGCUUGCAAUGUUUUGGUGAUGUCAUCAUUCCUAAUCCCCUGGACACUUUUGCUAGUAUGCAGGUGCCCAACUCAAACGACCAAACAGAGGCCCUGCCUUUGGUGGUGAGAAAGAACUCUUCAGAUCAGACUGGGUCUCUUCCCACACCUGGGCACCACCACCAUCCCUCUCUGCACCCCCCACCUUUAUCUUCUACAAUGGGCUUUAGUCCUCCCUCUUUCCGCCAUCCUUUCCCCCUUCCUCUAAUGGGCUACCCUUUCCAAAGCCCUUUAGGUGCCCCAACAGGGCCUUACCCAGGAAAGGAUAGGUCUUCUCCUGAGUCUCUGGAUCUGUCCAGAGAGACCACCAGCCUACGGACCAAGAUGUCGUCUAACCACCUCAGCCACCAUCGUUCCAUCUCACCAACACACCCAGGGAAUGAAGGCUUGUCCUUGUCCCUCAUCAAGUCAGAAUGCGGAGACCUUCAGGACAUGUCAGACAUCUCUCCAUAUUCAGGAAGUACAAUCCAAGAGGGGCUUUCGCCGAACCAUCUGAAAAAGGCCAAGCUGAUGUUCUUCUACACACGCUACCCCAGCUCCAACAUGCUGAAGAUGUUCUUCUCAGACGUGAAGUUCAACCGCUGCAUCACAUCCCAGCUGAUCAAGUGGUUCAGCAACUUCCGCGAGUUCUACUACAUCCAGAUGGAGAAAUUCGCCCGGCAGGCCAUCAACGAUGGCGUGACAGGGUCAGAAGAGCUGAGCGUGAGCCGAGACUGCGAGCUUUUCCGCGCUCUCAACAUGCACUACAACAAGGCCAACGAUUUUGAGGUUCCGGAGCGAUUCCUGGAAGUGGCACAGAUCACGUUACGGGAGUUUUUCAAUGCCAUUGUGGCAGGCAAAGAUGUUGAUCCUUCCUGGAAGAAGGCCAUAUACAAGGUCAUCUGCAAGCUGGACAGUGAGGUCCCAGAGAUUUUCAAAUCUCCCAAUUGUCUGCAGGAGCUUCUGCAUGAGUAGUGAUUUUGAAUUGCUUACCAAGUUAUCAUCCCUUCUUCUUUUCCCGAUCUUUACAAAGUAAGAGGUAGCAUUCCUAUUUUUAAGUCCCAGCUACUUUUGAAUGACUUAGCUGUUAAUUCUUUCGAUUUUUUGUGCUUCUUUUUGGGAAAGUCUAUAAAAUUCUUGAUUGUUUUGACUGUAUUCGAUCCUUACCCCAUGUCCCCUUGCCUUUAAAAUGGGCAUUACUAUGUUUACCUUACAACGGUUAACAAAUGGAACUGACACCCUGAAUUUCUCUCUUUCAUUGGUCAUUUUUUUUUUUUUUUUUUGUCGAGGGGUUUGUUUUAUCCCAGGAUGUUUGCAAUGUGUGAUGGUUUUACUAUUGCUGAAUAAGACUUGCAUUUGUAGCUUGUAUAGAUGUAAUUAUUAUUUAUGAUUAAUAUAAUUAUUACCAUUAAUGUUAUUAAUGCUUGCUGCAAAAAAAGGAAGGAAAAGAAAGGCAAAAAAUUGACAUGUGGUAUUCUUGUUUCUCAUGGCAAUGCUACAGAAAAUAAAUUAUUCUUUGGACAAAAAAAUAAUAAUAAUAAAGAGGGAUAUACAUUUUCUAUGUGGGAAAUUCAUAUAUUAUAUAUAUAUACAUAUAUAUAUUUGAUGUUAUUCUUGAAAGAAACAGCAUUAACUGUUUGUUUGUUUGUUUUUUCUUUUUUUGGUUUAGCCAUUCUUCUGUGUUGGCUAGGGUCCAAUGUUCUUGUGUUUUGUGUCCACAUUGAUAGCACUGGCUCUAGGGAGGGAGGCCUACUCGUAGGUUUUUUUUCCUUGACAGAGCAGCCUCUCCGGUAACUAAGCAACAUGGCCAUUUCAUACUGGGGCAAGCCAGUUCGGCACAAAAAAAUGGACGCCUUCCCACUGAGAAACCAUUCUUGCUUAUAAAAAGCACACUGUCAAAACUGCUCACACAAACACACACACACACACGCUCUCAUACAAACACAGUAAUUCACAAACAUAAACACGUGGCGUACGUCGUCAAGACAAGAGAAUUAACAUCGUCGCUGACUUCCUCCACCUGAUAGCUGGGAACACCUCUAUAAUUGGACCGUAAAUUUGGUCGAUUAUCUCAAAUUCGGUUUACACAGCAGACGUUUUGGCUGAGAAGUGUUUUUUAUUUCGUUUUCUUUCUACGUACUGGAUUGUACAUAUUUUAUUUGUUAGAAAUGUACAGAUUUUUUGCUUACAAUCACCUGAUUAUGUUAUGGAAGUGUACAGUUUAUCAGUAGUGAAACGUAAUGCUAGAGAGAGAAUUUGUUUGUUCAGUUGUACCUUUCAAUGAAUCAAAUGAAGUUCUUUGAUUUGAAGUUUAGUAGCUAAGCCUAUUAACAGAUCCACUUAAAUGUAACCAACAAUUAGCCUACCCUAAGGAAACAAAGAAAAGCACAGUUUCUUCUCAAAACAGCAUCCGCAAAAGAAAAGGGGGCCUUCAGACUCUUUGUGCAUCCCUUACUAGUUCAUAAAUAAGAGUCGGCAGUAGAGGGCAAGGGCUGGACAUGUGAUCUGCUCUGGAAGCCUGUGCCGUUUGCAUUGGGCAAAUCCAGCUGAUGAAUUGAAACGCAGGCCGGCAAUUAUUGUCAGCACAAUGCCUUAAAAAACCUGCUGACUUCUAGAUUAAUGGGCACAAAAGAGCAUGAGGUGCUGUCAUUCUGUCGCCAGGGCUGGCAUCAUCCACAGCCCCCGGACAACGCACAAAACGCCAAGCUAUUCACUAUGCAUUGUAAAGAGGAGGAAAAACAAACCCAAAACAAAGUUAGAUGAUGUUUGGCCCUGUUCUAUUCUCAAGUCUCUCGCAAGGCUGUGUUGACAUGCGUUCUCCUUUACAUGCAUUGUAAGGAAAUAAAUGACUAUUUGAAGCCGGAAGGAAUUCUGUUAUCGCUGUUAAUUCAUUUAAAGGUGACAUUUUCAACCUAAAAGUGCAAGUAGUGUCAUUGCAGUAUUUUAAUUUGUACAUAAAAUGGUGCUUAGUCGAAUUUAGCUGUUCACAAUCAGGCAUUGUGUAUCUGAUAAAUGCCUGUGCCUAAUAUUAUAUACACCAGCAAACAAGAUGUGUAAUAAAUAACACCAUUUGACUCUUUAAUCCAACAAAGUCAGCACAGAUGGUUAUGUUUUCUGGUUUAAAACGACAUGACCUCACACUAAUAUAUUCUGAACUACAUGCAAAGUCCAGGAAAACUAACUUUUACGGCUCAUUUGAAGAAGAACAAGUGUGACGCUUGGUUCCCCACGAAUCUGAAGUACUUUAAGCCAUUUAUCGUAGCACAGAGGCAAUACGUGUGCAUAGGUGUGUGUGUGCGUGCUUACUCGUGCAUGUGCGUGUUUGCAGGGAGUGUGUGAUACACACGCAUGAUAGUGCGCUAGUUUUAGUUCCCACAAGGACUUCUGUUUAUUUCCUUUUAUCUAUUGUUUCUCUAUUUAAACUUUUAUUUGUAUUUAUCACUGUACUGCAUCUUUAAGACAAAGCAGAGGAAGGUUACAGUCUGUUCAACAUCUUCAAAAUCUCUUUUUUUUUCUUGAUAUUGUGCAUCUAGAAGUGGUAUGAUGUUUUAAAUGUGCUCUCAGUUCACUAUUUUUCCUCCCCUUCAUCUCGCCACCUCUUCAGGGUCGCCCGACAAAGGUGUUCUCGAUCGGUCAGCAUUAAUUUGGUAUUGAAAUGAGAUGGAUCUGUUUGCGUGGUUACACAGGGUCACUUGCUGUGUUGCUUUGUGUCGAAAAUCCUAAAUGUAGCCGUGUACAUUUCGCACUCCAUUAAGUGGAAAAAAAACUCCACUCUGAUUUCGAGUUUGGGUAUGAAGUACACAUUCAUCUCACUUGUGCUACAUUUACAUUUGACAUAAGAAUAUUUCUGUUUGUUUUCAUGCAAUGAAAAAAAAAUCUCUCAUGUAGUGAUAUGUACAAAUCAAUUGCCAAACUCAGUUUGGGACUGUUUUUUAUUACAAAGAAAGACGCUCACAAAGAGAAAAGGAAGAAAGAAACUUUGUAUAUGACUAUAUUUCUGGGAGGGGAACAAUUAUUUGUACUGAAUGCAAUGUGUUGUACAAGACUCUUGACUCUUUGUAGAUUCGAUGCUGUAUUUAUGAAGUGUGUGCUCCCUGGAGGGUUUUAAACAUGAUUUCACUGGCUUCGACAUGUAUGUAAAUACAAACCGAAAAAUGAGAAAACACUGCCUUUCUAUGAUUUAGCAAUAUGAUGUAAAUAGCAUUGUUAUGCUUUUUUUGUAUGAAAGAAUUCUUUGAUUCUAGUAUGGUAAUUCCAGCUGAAACUGUUACAAUUUUCUUUGAUAUGUUUUGAAGGAUACACAUACACUGUUAACGAGAUAGCGUUGUGGAUUUCGUUGUCGAUUUGUCAUGCAGAAGUUUCAUAAUUUAUUGGUUUAAUUUAUCAUAAUUUAUUUGGUGAUGGUGUACAAUUUUUGGUAUUUCUGGGGAUGUAUUGUAAUAUUAUUUGGUAGAGAGAGACGAUAUAAACGCCCUCCUAAGCUCCUUAACUCUGUAGAGACAUGAAGAGACGCUUAUGUCCAGGUAGCCAUUGUAAUUUCAGACACUGUAGUCAUAAAAGACGCUUGAUAAAAAAAAUCUAAAAGGAAAGAAAAAAAAAAAAGAUGUACAACAAAACUUUUCUUCUAUCUUGUUUGGAAGGUGAAAAAAAAUGUGUGUUUUGAAGUUUUUAUUUCUAAUCACUUAAUCAGACUUUUACCUUUGCUUUUUACCACCUACACAAUACAGUAGUCAAAGUGCCUCGUGUGCCUUCCAUCUCCUCGGAACUGAAUGUAUGUGCAGUAUAUAUGCAAGCUUGUGCAAAAUAAAAACUAAGUCCUAGA